GGAGAGAGAGAGAGAGAGAGAGAGAGAGACGGUGGGGGUCUCGCGUGCCGAAGAAGAGGCGAGGGAGAAGGGAGAAGAGGAAGUGCACGCGGAGGUGGAGCUCCUCCACGAAGCUAAAGCUAACUAGCUAACAUGUUGCCGCUGCUGGUGCUGUGUGUCUACUAGCGGGCCGCCCUGGACUCCCUAUCCGCCCUGAGGUGCAUCAUGCCCGGAUGGAAGAAGAACAUCCCGGCCUGUCUGCAAGCGGACCAGGAAGGAGAUGAAGGUCCGUACACCAAACACUCGGCGGGCUCGCGUCCGUCGGACGGCGCGCUGGCCAUCCGGAGGCAGAGCAUACCAGAUGAGUUCCGGGGGUGCACGCUGGUGGAGCUGAUGAAGAAGGAGGGCACCACGCUGGGGCUGACCGUGUCGGGCGGCAUCGACAAGGACGGAAAGCCGCGGGUGUCCAAUCUGAGGCCGGGAGGAAUCGCCGCCAGGAGCGACCAGCUGAACGUGGGCGACUACAUCCGCUCCGUGAACGGCAUCAACUUGGCCAAGUUCCGCCACGACGAGAUCAUCAGCCUGCUGAAGAACGUGGGCGAGCGCGUGCUGCUGGAGGUGGAGUACGAGCUGCCGCCCGUCUCCGUGCAGGGUUCCGGCGUCAUGUUCAAGACGGUGGAGGUGACGCUGCACAAGGAAGGAAACAGCUUCGGCUUCGUCAUCAGAGGCGGAGCCAGCGAAGACAGGAACAAGUGUCGGCCCGUCGUCGUCGCCACCGUGCGCUCGGGAGGGCCGGCCGACAGGGAAGGGAGCAUCAAACCUGGCGACCGUCUGCUGAGUAUCGACGGCAUCCGUCUCCACGGCAACACGCUGGCGGAGGCCAUGAGCGUUCUGAAGCAGAGCGGACAGGAAGCGACCAUGCUGCUGGAAUACGACGUCUCCGUCAUGGAUUCGGUGUCUUCGGCUUCGGGUCCUCUGCUGGUGGAGGUCGCCAAGGCAACAGGCUCCAGUCUGGGCGUGGCUCUGUCCUCGUCCAUGUUCUGCAGCAAGCAGGUCAUCGUCAUCGAUAAAGUGAAACCGGCCAGCAUCGCCGACAGAUGCGGCGCCCUCCACGCAGGCGAUCACAUCCUGUCGGUGGACGGCAAAUCCAUGGAGUUCUGCUCCCUGGCCGAAGCCACGCAGCUGCUGUCCGCGUCCUGCCACAACGUGCGCAUGGAGAUCCUGCCGCAGCACCAGGCCCGACCGGCCCUGAACGCGCCGCAGCAAGUCAAGGUGCAGCGUUCUCCCCGCCCCCUCCCCUGGGAGACCGGAAGCUCCGCCCCCAUCCUUCCCCCUUACCACUACAACACGUACCAUCCCGACCAGUCGGGCGCCAGGUCGCACAACCGCCAUCCAAACGAGCCGUCGCUGGGCCACACGUUCUCGCCGGGCUCCAUGUCGGCCUACAGCCUGUCGUCCCUCAACAUGAGCGUUCCCAGGAACGCGUAUCCUACGAGUCCGCGGGGCACGCUGGUGCGCAAGAAGCCGAAGAAGAAGGACUUCAAGAGCUCCCUGUCUUUGGCAUCCAGCACGGUGGGUCUGGCCGGUCAGGUGGUCCACACGGAGACCACGGAGGUGACCCUGCUGGGCGACGGCAUCGCGGGCUUCGGCCUCCAGCUGCAAGGCGGCGUCUUCGCCACCGAGACGCUCUCCUCGCCGCCGCUCAUCGCUUACAUCGACCCCGACAGUCCCGCCGAGAGGUGCGGCAUCCUGCAAAUAGGCGACAGGAUCUUGUCCAUCAACGGAGUCCCGACUGAAGACUCCACUUUGGAAGAAACCAAUCAGCUGCUCAGAGACUCCUCCAUUCCCGCGCAACUCACCCUGGAGAUCGAGUUUGACGUGGCCGAAUCGGUCAUCCCUUCCUCCGGGACGUUCCACGUGAAGCUCCCCAAGAAGCCGGGAGUGGAGCUGGGAAUCACCAUCAGCUCUCCAUCCAACCGCAAAGCGGGAGACCCCCUCAUCAUCUCCGACAUCAAGAAGGGCAGCGUUGCUCACAGGACGGGCACGCUGGAGCUGGGAGACAAGCUGCUGGCCAUCGACAACGUCCGCGUGGAGACGUGCUCCAUGGAGGAGGCGGUGCAGAUCCUGCAGCGCUGCGAGGAACUGGUCAAGCUCAAGAUACGCAAAGACGAGGACAACUCCGGUAAGCGGCCUCCCCGGCCGGCCUCGCACCCUUCGCUGCACGCACACGCGCACGCACGCACGCCCCCGCUGUGCCUUCCAGACGAGCAGGAGGUGUCGGGGACCAUCAUCUACACGGUGGAGCUGCAACGCUACGGAGGCCCCCUGGGCAUCACCAUCUCGGGCACCGAGGAGCCUUUCGACCCCAUCAUCAUCUCCUCGCUCACCAAAGGAGGCCUGGCAGAGAGGACGGGCGCCAUCCACGUGGGCGACCGCAUCCUGGCCAUCAACAGCAGCAGCCUGAAGGGCAAACCGCUGAGCGAGGCCAUCAGUCUCCUCCAGCAGGCGGGCGAGACCGUCACGCUCAAGAUCAAGAAGCACGGCGAGCUGUCCAGUCCCAAGUCCUGCGUGAUCGGCCCGGGCCAGGAAAACCACGACGGCGAGGGGGGAGAGGAGCCGGCGGUCGGCGCGGCUCCCCCUUCGGCUCAGAGGGCGUUCGAGUCCUGGGACGGAUCCGACGCGGACGCCGGCUUCGCCGCCCCGGCUCCUUCCUUCCACUCGUCGCCGUUCCCCUUCCACGAGUGGCGCAACGCCAAGACGAGCAACAACAGCCAAUCGCCGGCCUCCUCUCGCCAGCGGGGCGAUCCGCUGGCGGAUCUGUCGUCGGGCCUCGGCGACGACUGGGAACACGUCACGCUGGGCGGGUUCACGGUGGGUCACGACGGGACGGAACCGGACCAGGAGGAGAACUUCUGGUCUCAGGCUCUGGAGGAUCUGGAGACAUGUGGACAGAGCGGAAUCCUCAGAGAACUGGAGGAGCCGCAAAAGGAGACGGCGCCGGUCACUGGGGCCACCAUCAUGUCCGGCUCCACCCUCAGCCUGAACCACGAGCCGCCGCCCCCUCGUACCUCGCUGGGCCGUCAGGCCAGCUUCCAGGAACGCAGCAGCGCCCGCCCCCAGGUGAGCCCACGCUCCAACACCUUGCCCUCCGACCCCCAGCGCCGAGCCUUCGCCAUGAAGAAGAUGAGACAGGAAGUCAACGACAUCCUCAACCAGACGCCGGUAGAACUUCACAAGCUGACUCUGGAAAAGUCUUCCGAUUUGGAGGACUUUGGCUUCAGCGUGUCAGACGGAGUUCUGGAUCGCGGCGUUUACGUCAACAACAUCCGCGGUGGCGGCCCGGCGGAGCGCGGAGGCCUGCAAGCGUACGACCGCCUCCUGCAGAUCAACCACGUGCGCACUCGGGACUUCGACUGCUGCUUGGUGGUACCGCUCAUCGCCGAGUCAUCAAACCGCUUAGAUCUGGUCAUCAGCCGAAACCCCGCCUCCUCGGCCAGCCCACUGACCAAUCACGCAGAAAGCACCGACAACAGCCACGCCCCUCAGCUGAUGGGUCACCAGAAGGAAGGGCGAGAAGACGCGAGCGAGGACGGCGCGCCAAUCAAGUGGAAGAAACCUGGGGACGGGCUGGGGGUCGGCUUUGGGGCGGGGCUAGUCACCAACACUUCAGUAUAGGGACUGAAUGGGCCACGCCCCCCUUGGUGCUUCACACACAACCUCUGAACUUUGAGUUUCUAAAGCAGCCCGAAAGCACACGCGCACAUCCCGGUCCUCAUCCU